CUGAACACCAGGCGGAGAACGGAGGGGUGAGUGGGUCAAUCAGCUGGAAGAGAUCCACUCCUCCUGUUCGCCUGCAGGGGGCGCUGCAGCGGGUCUCUGUCUAUGGUGCUGAAUCUCUGGCUCUGUCCGCGGUGCUGAAGAGCUAAGGAGUUCGGGCCGUGUCUGGGGAGCUGUCACACGGAUCCAGCCCUUUGUGCUGUAGCCUGGAAGUCCUUUGUGAUGGUGGUGAUCGGGGUGCGUCACCGUGAGCGCGUAUCUGCCUACCUGGAGAUGCUGGAGCGAAGGGGGAGGGGAGGACAGUAGUCUGAGAUGAGUCAAGACACAGAGACACGAACACGAGCCCGCUCUAAAGCAAUCCGAAAACAAGUUGGACCAGACAUGAAGCUGGAGUUAAGCAGCUGUCCCACCCCUGGAUGUGAUGGGAAAGGUCAUGUCAGUGGCAGAUACUCAAGACACAGAAGUGCUCUGGGUUGUCCCAUUGUGAAGAAGAGGAAACUGGAGAAGGCUGAAGCUGAGGAGAACCAGACAGCACCCAAAAGGAGGAACCAGGCAACCAGGCAGGCGGAGGAAGACAGUGACAUCGUGGAAGAGGAGGAACAGAAAGAGGAUGGAGGGGAAGACAAAGACCUUGUCAAAGAAAAGACAACGGACGAGAAGACAGAUGGGACAGAGUUAAUGAAAGUGAUGACCUCAUCGGAGGAGGCAGAACAACAGUGUUCUCUGGGUGAUCCGACCAAGAGCAGAAACAUCUCAGAGAUGGAGAAGAAAGAGGAGAAAGAAGAGAUGAGGGAAGAGAUGAAUGCAUCAGCUGUUACUGGUGAUGAUCAGCAGGAAGAAACAGAGACAAAAGACCAGGAUGACCAGCUGCUGGCUGAGGACCAACCACCACAGCUACCAGCAGAAGAACCUGCCGCCGCUACCGCUCGCCGCGAAGAGACACAAAACCAGAGGGAAGAGGAAGAAGACGGAGAGAAAGAGGCAGAGCAACAGGAAAAGAAGGAGAAUAUGGAAGCACAGAGGACAAUAAAAAUGCACGUGAUGAGACAAGAAAACUCUGAUCACCAGUACUCAAGUGGAGAUUACAACCUUCAGGUCAAAGAAUCACUUCAGAGGAAGCAUAUGGAGGAGGAGGAGGAGGAAGAGGAGGAGGAGGGGGAGCAAGAGGAGGAGCAAGAGGAGGAGGAGGAGGAGGAGGAGGAAGAGGAGGAGGAGGAAGAACAGGAAGACGAAGAGAAAGAAGUAGAAAGAGAGAUUGACACAUCAUUCAAUUUAAGUCCAACCACUCAGGAAUUUGAAGCCACUGUGUCACUCAGGGAAGAGAAGUUCAGCACCAUCGUGACUGAGGAAGAGGAGGAUGAAGAUCCAGAGAAACAGAAAGAAACUGAAGAUGAUGAUGGUCAAGAGAAGGAAGUAAGUGAGAUAGCAGAAGAGGACCAAGACUCAAGCAAAACAUCUCCGAGUACUGUAGUCAUUGAAGUUCGCUCGGAGGAGGAGGAGGAGGAAGAGGAGGAUGAAGUAGAGGAGGAAGAAGUGGAGGAUGAGGAGGAAGAAGACGAUGAUGAAGAAGAGGAAGGAGAGGAGUUAGAUCAUGUUUCUGAGGGUUCAGAAGUAACUGAUGACUCUGAGAACUGGGACAUGGCUCGAGGAAACCUGGGCUUGCUGGAGCAGGCCAUCGCCCUGAAGGCAGAGGAGGUGAAAGGUCAGGAGAGCCGCAGCUCCUCAGACUACCAACUGUUCAGCCCCUCCAUCAAGAGUUCAGAGGCCCGCCGCGCGGCUCACUGCAGCAGAGACAAGAAAGAAGUGAAGUGUCCAACCCCGGGCUGUGAUGGAACAGGCCAUGUGACCGGGUUAUACCCUCACCACCGCAGUUUGUCCGGAUGUCCUCACAAAGACCGGAUCCCUCCAGAGAUUCUGGCCAUGCAUGAGAAUGUCUUGAAGUGUCCUACUCCUGGCUGCACAGGCCAAGGCCAUGUCAACAGUAACCGCAACACACACCGCAGCCUCUCUGGCUGCCCUAUAGCAGCAGCAGCCAAGCUGAACAAGAACCAGGACAAACAGGUUCAUUUGCAAGCUCCAACCAAUGAGCCCCCUUCUAAUUCUGACAGAGUGCUCAGGCCAAUGUGUUUCGUGAAACAGCUGGAAAUCCCCCAGUAUGGCAGUUACCGUCCCAACACAGUAACCACCACACCUCGAGCCAACCUGGCCAAGGAGCUGGAAAAAUACUCCAAGGUGUCUUUUGACUAUGCAAGUUUUGAUGUCCAGGUGUUUGGAAAGCGAAUGAUCGUUCCAAAGACACCCAGCAGCACCAACACAUCACCCAAAGCCUUCAAAUCUAAACCAUUCCCCAAGGCCUCAUCCCCCAGUCACUGUGCAUCAGGAAGCUUUUCCAAGAGCACUCUGUCUUCCAGUGGUUAUGACUACAGCCAAGAUGCCGAGGCAGCCCACAUGGCAGCAACAGCAAUUCUCAACCUGUCCACUCGUUGCUGGGAGAGACCGGAGACUCUCAGCAACAAGCCGGUGGUGCCCUGCUCCAAGGAGUCGGAUAUCGAGGUGGAUGAGAAUGGCACUUUGGACCUCAGCAUGAAGAAGACUAAGAGAGAGGAUGUACAGUCUCCAGAGCCUUCGCCCUCUUCAUCUUCUUCCUCUCAACAUGCCGGACCCACUUUGUCUCAGGGACACACUCAGGCAGAUUGGGAGUGUCCACAAGAUUUUACCAAAUCAACUGAAGUCAACGAUCAUGAAGUCAAGGAUGAUGAAGAGAUGGAGUACAUGCCUCCUUCUUACACAUCAUCAGAAGGUGACGAAGAGGAUCAGGAGAACCCUGAGGAUCGAAAAUACCCCGGUGAAGUUACCACCAGCAGCUUUAAGGUCAAGUUUCAGCCAAAAGACAGCAAAAAGGACAUUCUAGUAUGUCCCACACCAGGCUGCGAUGGCAGUGGACACAUCACUGGCAAUUACGCAUCACAUCGAAGUCUGUCAGGCUGUCCUAUUGCUGAUAAAACACUUCGGACCCUUAUGGCUGCCCACACAACUGAACUGAAGUGUCCAACUCCAGGCUGCGAUGGAUCCGGCCAUAUAACUGGAAACUAUGCCUCACACAGAAGUUUGUCCGGAUGCCCUCGUGCAAAGAAAGGUGGAGUCAAGUCAAUCCCAACCAAGGAUGACAAGGAAGACGCGGAGCUGCUACGGUGUCCCGUCCCUGGCUGUGACAGUCUAGGCCACAUCAGUGGGAAGUAUGCAACCCAUCGCAGUGCCUAUGGCUGUCCACUGGCAGCAAAGCGUCAGCGGGAGGGUCUUCUUAAUGGCACUCCUUUCUCUUGGAAGGCCUUCAAAUCCGAAGGCCCAACCUGCCCAACGCCGGGCUGCGAUGGCUCUGGUCACGCUAACGGAAGCUUCUUGACACAUCGCAGUCUGUCAGGUUGUCCGCGAGCAUCAGGGAACAAGAAAAAAGCAAAAUUCCCCGGAGACGAAUUCAUAACUGCAAAGAUCAGAGCCAGUGAUGUUCUGGAUAAUGAUGAGGACAUCAAGCAGCUGAACAAGGAGAUCAGCGAACUUAACGAGUCCAACUCAGAGAUGGAGGCGGACAUCGUUGACCUUCACACUCAGAUUUCCUCAAUGGAGAAAAACCUGAAGAACAUGGAGGAGGAGAAUAAACAGAUAGAGAAGAGGAAUGAAACCUUGUUUCUGGAGCUUUCUGGUUUAAGCCAGGCUUUAAUUCGCAGCUUGGCCAACAUUCAUCUGCCUGCCAUGGAGCCUGUGUCCGAACAGAGCUUUGACAGUUAUGUGGACACGCUGACCCACAUGUUCACCAACAAAGACUGCUACCAGAACCCAGAAAACCGGGCUCUGCUGGAGUCCAUCAACAAGGCGGUGAAGGGCAUUGAGGUAUGAAGGGUGGAAGAAGAUGACUUUGGUUCUUAGAUAUUGUGUGGUUAUUUCCUCUGUUUGGAGUUUUGUCCUCUGUUAUUUGCAUUAGAUUUGGGUUUGGUGUGUAAGUCUGUGUGACAGCAGUAGUGUGAACAGAUGUGUGAAUGUGUGAAAACUCACUGGAGUCAGAUUUGUGAGGGGGUGUUGCUGUGUAGCCAUCCACAGAGAGCAGGAAGUAGCCAGAGCGGACUCUCCCAGGAAACAUAUCUCACUUUUAUGGAAUAAUGUUGAUAGUAUUCUUCAUGAGCAUAGUGGUGUUCCCCUCCCUAAACUGGUUUAUAGGCGUGUAAUUACUUAUGUCUUCUUCAAAUGUUGGUCUAAUAACUAACUCAUGUCUGCUGCAAUAUUUUAUGUUAACAAUUUCUUAUUUAUUAUAUUUUUAAAUUUUUUCUAUACCCUGUCGAAAAAGAUUUUAAACAGUAAUCAAUGGAAGGGGAGCACUUUCACGGCGCCGCUGAACAAAGAGUAAAUAUUUUAAAUAUCAGCUAUGAAUUGUUUUAUAUGGUUUAUUUAUUUAAAGUACUGGGAUUUUUUUUAUGUGCAAAUAUUUUGUAACUAACGGUUUUAAAAUCAUUUUGUAAAGAGUUUCUCUGCUUUUGUUUAUUUGACUUUGUUUUUUAUUUCCCCGAAAGAUUUUGACUACAUUGCAAAAAAAAAAAAAAAAAAAAAAGUAAGGACACUGAGCUGCACACCUUUGGUAUUUAUUUAAUGAUGAGGAACAACGCGAUGGGUGAAUAUUUAUUUUUUAUUGUCUAUGUGAUAGCUGUAAAUGAAUUCGUCUCUGAGGUGCUUUUGAAAUAAAAGUGAAACCAUGA